CCAGCUCCGAAACCGCACAUCAAAAAGGACAGAGGACGUUCAUCCACGUCUGUGAUUAUAACAGAGACACGCCGCUCCCAGCCAUACUUUCCCAGCCAGGAUACCAGCGUCUCCGACCGAUCGUCCCGCUCAUCCGCUCGCCUGCCUGUAGAUCCGCGCCGCGACGGGUCGGUUCGCUCGCUUCCCUCGCUUCCCUACUGGACAACAGUUUAUUCCCUGGAAGCUGUAUGAAUUAUUGGAGAGUUGUGAACAAGUGCGACAGGAAAGCUGAGGCUCAGGAUCGGUCACCUCGCUCCGUCCAGAGAAGACAAAACUCAACUAGAGUUGUGGACGAUAAUGGAGGGGACAUCCCUGUAUCUUCCUAUUGUUAUUUUACUGAUGCAAUGUUCCCCCUCCAUUCCUGUUACCGUGUCGACCAAAAGUCACAAAGUGGAGGUGCGCGAGUUCUCAGAUGCGAUGCUGUCCUGCGUGUUCCACACAGAGAUAGACCAGAGCCCACGCAUCGAGUGGAAGAAGAAGGGGAAAGGUGUGUCCUUCGUGUACUAUGAAGGACAGUUCAAAGCUCCCUUUGAGGGCCGGGCGACCAUUGAUGGGGCCACAGUGAUGCUGCAAAGGGUGACCCAGGAGGACGCUGGGGAGUACCGUUGUGAGAUCAGUGCUCCACUUGACUCCGUCAUCCUGGGCGAGACCAACAUCACUCUCAAAGUCCUGGUGCCCCCACAGACCCCGUCCUGCGAAAUACCCAGUGCUGCAGUGACGGGCUCAGUGGUAAAGCUGCGCUGUAGGGACCAGCAGAGCAUCCCGCCUGCUACAUACUCCUGGUUCAAGGACAGCCAGCGGAUCAUCCCGCCCCGCCUCACCAAUGCCUCCUAUGUAAUCAACUCACAAACAGGAAUACUGGAGUUUAAAGCUGUAGCCAAAGAGGACACCGGCCACUACAGCUGCCUAGCUUCGAACGGAGUGGGACCGCCAAAGACGUGCAAGGGCAAGCACAUGACAAUAGAGGAUGUCAACGUCCUGGCUGUGGUGGCAGCAGUGGUCGUGGUCUGCCUGGUCAUCGUGGUCUGUGGCUGCGGGGGAUUCCUCUUGCACCGCAAUGGUUUCUUCAGCCCAGGACACAGAGGAAGGUCCAAUGUCAACUACAUCCCUUCGCCCCAAGAACCCCAGGAUUUCAAACACACCCAGUCAUUCAUGCUCUGAGAAGCUGGCCUUCCUUUGAGAACACACUGCCCUCGUGACAAGAUGCCAACACUGGAUUCUGUGAUUUUUCUUUUCUCUCUGGACUCUGAAUGAGCUCUUGCUCUUUCAGUCUUCUUCCUCUGCCGCUCCUUUUGGAUGGGUUAUGGCGAGCAAAAUUUGCAAGGCUUCUUCUUACUCUCUUGCUUUGCUGUGUGGGUCGCCUCUUUCAUUGACAUUUUCUGUCCCUAUUGCAGUAGGUACAUAAGUCCUUUCAUGGCACUUUGCUCCCCCCUGGUGGUGACAUGUUGAAAUACCAAUUGAUGUUUUCUGAAUGAUCCAGGGGACCAGUAAAGUUUUCAACACGUUUUGUUUCUCCCCUCUGCAGGCCAAUCGUUUUAACUACCUUUGUUUUCUUUUUACCAAAGACAGACCGGGAUUUAUUUGCUUUAAAACACCGAAUCAUCACAAGGGAAUUCUCCUUAAAGCCAUAGUUUUGGAAAGCAUUAUUUUCAAACUCCUUUAAACAUAAAUGCAGUUUACCUCAGCAUCUGCCACAUGCCAAUGUUUUGUCUUCUGUAAUACUUGGGCCCGGAGCUUACCAAGGGCCACGGUGACACUACUUCCUCAUGAUCUUAGUAACAACAUGAAACCAGACCAAGCCAGUCCAAUUAUACUGAGACCAACCCCAUUCCAUCCUGAUGUGCCUGCAUGGUCUUUUUAUACACAUAUAUACGUGUGUAUAUAUAUAUAUAUACAUAUAUAUACACCUUGUGCCUUUUUAAUUUGUCUGUCAUGUUUAUCUAUGGAUCACAAUUUUUUGGAAAGAACUUGCCUUACUUUUUUCUGUCUUGAUAUUUUUGUGCCACAGUUUAUCAAUGUUUAUCAAAAUGGAGUGUCUGUUUUUAGACAGUGUGUGAAAGGAUUGUUCAGAGUUUUAUUUGAAUAGUAUAUAAGUAAUAAAACGUUUUUCUAUCCAAAACUA